GUCCUCCGGCCUCAUCACCCGCCGCCGCCGCCGCCGCCGCCGACACAGCCGAAGCACCCGCGCUUGAGCGUAGUUCAGGGGAGAGGAUUGGAGUGAUGUCGACUGAGGAGGCUGCCGCUGCCGCGACCGAGGUCCCCGAGACCGAGGUCGAGUCCGAGGCCCCGGCCGCCGAGGAGGCGGAGGCCAAGCCCGCCAAAGCCAAGAAGGCGCCCAAGGAGAAGGCCCCCAAGGAGAAGAAGGCGCCCAAGGAGAAGAAGGCCCCCAAAGAGAAGAAGCCCGCCGUGGCGAGGAAGCCGGCCGCCCACCCGCCGUACGCCGAGAUGAUCACGGAGGCGAUUGCGGCGCUCAAGGAGAGGACCGGGUCGAGCUCGGUGGCCAUCGGCAAGUACGUGGAGGAGAAGCACGGCGGGCAGCUGCCGCCCAACUUCCGCAAGCUGCUGGCCGGGCAGCUCAAGAAGCUCGCCGAAGCUGGGAAGCUGACCCGCGUCAAGAACUCCUUCAAGCUGCCGUCCGCCCGCCCGGCCCCCGCCGCUGACGCCAAGCCCAAGGCGGCCAAGCCCGCCGCCAAGCCCGCUGCCACGGCCAAGCCGAAGGCAGCCAAGGCCGCCAAGCCCGCGGCCAAGCCCAAGGCGUCCCCGAAGGCGAAGGCCAAGAUCGCCGCCAAGCCCAAGGCGGCUGCCUCCCCCAAGCCCAAGGCCAAGUCCGCCGCCGCCCCCGCCGCGGCGCCCAAGCCCCGCGGCCGCCCGCCCAAGGUCGCCAAGACCGACGCCAAGGCCUCCCCCGCCAAGGCAGCCAAGAAGGAGAAGCCUGCCGCUGCCGCCGCCAAGAAGGAGAAGAAGGCCGCGGCGACGCCCAAGAAGGCUGCCGCGACACCCAAGAAGGCCGCCGCAUCCCCGGCCAGGAAGGGCGCGGCGAGGAAGGCCAAGAAGUAGACCGUCUGCCUUCCUUGUCGCCGGCGCCGGCGACCCCGCCAUGCCGCCUAUAGAUGCUCCCCCUUUUACCUGGAUUUUGGAAUCCAUUCGUAGCUUCGUCGUUUGAAAAUGAAAAUGAAACCAGUGCCUAGCUCUAGAUCCAUCGGUAGCAUCAGCAGUAGUCGGUCUGUAAAAUCUUGAGGUGCCGGUCGCGUCCCGUCCCAUCGAUCGGCGUCCUCCUCUCUCUUGCCUGUAUGAUGAACUGAGUUAUAAUACUAGUAAUGUUAUCUCCCGGGUUCGUCUGCCCCUAA